GCCCCGCCCAGAACUCAGAUCUGUGACCAAUGAGAGGGCGGUCCGAGGCGGAGCGACCUGCGUGCGGCGUGACGCAACCACGUCCGACAGGCUCUCCGCGGGUCGCGCGCUAGGACUUCGGGGCGUGGAGGUGACCAAAGCCGUCUGAAAUGUCAAUAGUUCGUUCAUCUGUCCAUGCCAAAUGGAUCGUGGGGAAAGUGAUUGGGACAGCCAUGCAAAAAACCGCUAAAGUGAGAGUAACCAGGCUUGUCCUGGAUCCCUAUUUAUUAAAGUAUUUUAAUAAACGGAAAACCUACUUUGCCCAUGAUGCUCUUCAGCAGUGCACAGUUGGGGACAUUGUGCUUCUCAAAGCUUUACCUGUUCCACGAACAAAACAUGUGAAGCAUGAGCUGGCUGAAAUUGUUUUCAAAGUCGGACAAGUCAUAGAUCCGGUGUCCGGGAAACCUUGUGCAGGGACUGCCUACCUGGAGAGUCCAAUCGGUGUGGAAGCCACCCAUCUAACCAGCCCUCGGGAAGAACACGGUGUCUCUUCACAGCAGUGAAGGAGGAUUAGAAAAGCGAGCCAGAGGGAACGGUUUAUAAUUUUGCUUUAUGGAAAAGAAAUUCUAAGUUUCAUCACAAACUGAUCAGUUUUUCUUCCAGUACUUAUGAAACAGCUAAAAGUAAAUGAAUAAAGUGUUGGUUAUAAUUUUCCAAAAA